CACACCAACCAAGAAACCGCACGAUACAAAGUGAAAAAACUUUGCAAGCAGAACAGAGUAUACUUAGUAACAAACACACAUACACAAAAAGAGAGGCAGAGAAACGAUAAUGGCAAUGGCUCUUCGAAGACUCUCUUCCUCUCUCAACAAGCCAAUGAUACCUUAUUUCAAUGGCGGUUCUCUUUACGACAUGUCUUCUUUGCCUAAUCCGUUAGCUCCUGAGAAAGAGAAAGCUCGUGCUAGUUGGAUAAAGCAAUUGAAUGCUCCACUCGAAGAAAUCGAUCCUGAAAUUGCUGAUAUCAUUGAACUAGAAAAAGCAAGGCAAUGGAAGGGACUUGAGCUUAUUCCUUCUGAGAAUUUCACAUCUGUGUCAGUUCUUCAAGCUGUUGGUUCAGUUAUGACUAACAAAUACAGUGAAGGGUAUCCUGGAGCUCGAUAUUAUGGAGGAAAUGAGUACAUUGACAUGGCUGAGACCUUAUGUCAAAAGCGUGCAUUAGAAGCUUUUCAAUUGGAUCCUGAAAAGUGGGGAG